AUGAUUUUUGGUCAAAUAACAUUGUUUUCUUUCAUGUAUCUUUAUAAACAUGCGUAUGAUUCACAUGCAUAUUGUCAAAGUUUUAUUUUAUCCACAUUAAAGACAGAAAAAAAACGAAUUAUAUGUAAAGAUGAUUCGUUUUAUAUUCUUGUUGGAAUGAUAUUCUUUAUUUCUCUUUUGUUAAUAUUCCAUUCAUUAUGUUAUAUCAUUAAAGAUCCAAAAGGAAUUACAAUGGGAGAAUUAAAUUUUGGUACUUCCAUACAAGAACAAAGUACAGAUAAAUAUGCACGAGAUGUUCGUACUGCAGAAAAGCCAAAAACCACCAAAGAAAAAUGUGACUAA